UUGCAUAAAGUAGGGGUACAGUUCUGCGAUCCCCCUCAGUUUUCGAGAGCUAGAGUCGGCAGCGCCGCCGAGGCUGCGUGUGCCGUAAUCUUGUUCCUACACCCCAUUCCCCCUCCCUCCCGUUGCAGGUUCGUUUCCUGCAGGGGGGAGGGGGUGGCUUCACCAUGUUUGGAAAUGCUCGUGUCGCUGCAGAACGACGACUGCCAAAGGACAGCGACGGAGAGAAGAAGUGAGGUCGAUCUUUCGGCGGACUAAGAGCCAUGGCCCAAGCCAAGAUCAGCCAGCUGAAGAGUGGCGAUACCGACAACAAGUUCCUGCGAUCCUUAUCCAUGGCAGACCGGUCGGGACGCCUGCUGGAGACGCUGGACGAGCUGGAGCUGAGGGUGGAAGCUUUGCGUGAAGCAGCUGCUUCAAUGGAGCAAGAGAAAGAGACUCUGCUGGAGCUGAUCCACAGUGUGCAGAACAGCCAAGACAUGAAGAAUAUCAGUGAUGGAGAACGGGAAGAACUCCAUUUGACUGCCAGCAGGCUCAUAGGCCGAACCCUGACUGUGAUGGUAUCUGUGGAGACAAUCCGCAGUCCUCAGCAGGAGGAAUCCCUUAGCAAAGCCACGGCAUUGAUUGACGAGGUGGCUGGUAAGCUCCUGGAGGAUCUGGGAAGUGCUAAGAAGCGCCUAAUAGCUCUCUACAAUGCCUGCUCCUCCGAUGCACUUCAGGGGCCAGUUGAUCAAAAAUUCCAGUCCAUAAUCGUGGGUUGCGCAUUGGAAGACCAAAAGAAAAUUAAGAACAGACUGGAGAAGCUGAUCAGAAAUGUGUGCAAUGCUGACAGUUCAAUCAUCCUCCUGGAUCCAAAGAAAGUAAAGGUUGGCAACCAUAAUCACGUCCAACAAAGUGUAUUUGACAAGAAAUCUACAAAUGGAAAAUGAAAAGUAAACUGUGUGUACGAUUCUGUGGAGAUGAGAAAUUUAUUGGGAAGUUGUGAUGUCCGGUUCUCUCUCUCAGAUAAAUGCAUUCAAAGGAGCUGAGAGGCAGCUUAAGGUUGUUCCAGGAAUAAUGUACUAGAUUUGCUUCUAAGUUCUCUGAACAUCUCAUGACAUAGAUCCCAAUAGAGAUAGACAUCUUCAUGAGGAGCUACCAAUGUUAUUAGUACACAGUUAUGUAGUGCAUGGAAUUAAAAUAUGCAGCAGAGAUGUAGUCUAUUUGGCUGCCAUGCCUAGUGCUUGUUUCUCACAGAUCUUGUCCUGCUGUACACCUUCUCACCUUUUUAGCAUAUUCUUUCAUUCCAUUUUCCUUUCAAGAAUUUAUUCAGCUUUCCCCAUAAAUACACCAAUGUCCAAUGCUCAGUUAUUUUUCAAGCAAGUGAUCUCUAUGUUGAGGUUCUCCUAACGCUCUCCUUUAUUUAUCAGUGGCCAACUUGCAUUUUCAGGCCCUAAUUCUGGCCUCUUCCCGUGGGAAACAUACCUCACUUGAUCUGAAAGGUCUUUCUGGUCACCCCUCAAAGGAAUGGCUGAUCAAAUAAAUAAUUUGUGUGAAAGAACAGAAAAGAUUAAAACACCAAUUAAGAUGUUGUUGAAAAUAAAGUUCACUACAUAAAAAGAUAGCUUGUGAUAUGUAAAUAUGUUUAAUCUUUUACAUUCCUAAAUUCUAGAGCUUUCCUAUAAUUGUGUUACUAUGAAAAUACAAACACAUUCUUUUCUAAUGAUGCACACUUUCAGUGAAUUGGAAUAAAAUGAAAAUAGUAAUGAUUUUAGUGAAAUUUUUGACUGGAGAAAUGAUGGAAAAUAACUCUUGGUUGCUGUGGACUUGAGUUCCUCUGAGCACGAUGAUGAUCUGAUCUAAAUGAUCAGCAAACUAGUUUGCUUUAUGUACAGUGACUAUAGGAUUUCUGCAAAACCCUUUGUAAAAUAAUAGACCAAAGAAGAUUCACUUAACAAAACAAACAUGUUGUACGUGUUAGGAUUAGUAAAUUGUUGGCAUGCUGUUGGUGUUGGAAUCAUGAUGAUACCUGCAGGUUGCCCCAGCACAUCAUCGAACUGUUGGUCAUUGACACAUAUAGCACAUUUCACUGCAUGUUUCAAUGUACUGUACAUAUCAAAUAAAGCUAACCUAAUCUUUAACAAUAAGGUUGCAUGGGAUCUGAACUUCUUACUAGCUCCAACUCAAAGCUAGAGGGUAUCUUAACUUGGCAGUAAAGACUUUCAUUAAAUUCAAAGCAGGGAAAAUCAGGAAGCGUUUUUCUUCAUAUAAGGGCCAUGUAGAAAUCUGGUAUUCUAAAAGGCGGUGGAGCUCAAGACAACUGGAGUUUUCAGGGACAAGAAUGGCAGGUUCCAUGCUAAGUAGGUGCAUGAGAGAAACUGGUAAACAGCAUCAAGUGUAAAUCAAUUAACAACUAUCGUGAUUGUAGCUGAUGAUCUUUUUUGGGUGAAGAAUUCUCCCAGUGCUUAACAUGUGAGAUUGAAAACGUGUCUAGCUGGACCAUUGACUCCUCCAGAGUGUGACAUGCCUAACUGAAGGAUGAGGUGCCAUUCUGGGAGCUUGCUUUGAGCUUCAGUGGCAGAAGAACAGGAAUUCAUGUUACAAGUGACUGGAAGUUCAUGGUUCUGCUUCUGAAGUAAGUAAGUAAGCAUCUGACGUGCAGAGAAUAGAUAGGUUGAAGAUUGUAGAAAAUAGAACGCAUACAGUCAGCAAUCUUGAACAAAGAAACAUUGGUAUAGAAGGCAGCAUUUACGAAACGGAUACAAUGGAGAGGGAAAGCUGUGGAAUAUCUUGUAAAGUACGUAAAAGAUUUAAGGUGGGAAGAGCUGUAGGAGACAAAAGGAAAUUAUAUCAAGGAGGGCAUGGAUAAAGACAUGUUUUGUUAGGAAAUGAUGGAAAGGGUGGAUAAUAAUAAUUAAUGAAAUUUUGAGAUGAAAACAUUAACAGUCAUUAAAACACCAGAGGAAAGUGAAGCAUGCAGCAUGAGGAUUCUUGGAACCAAGGCCUUUCCACAUUGCUGCAAGGAUUAGGGUUCCCAUAGCAACAUCAUAAUACCUUUCAUUUGGAGGGAGUGACAGGUGAUUUUAUUCAGUCUGAUAACUAGUUGUGCAGAGCAGACAAGGGUCAAGGCAAAAGGAAGCUAUUUAAGUUUCUUUUCAAGGAAUAAUUAAAGGCUCUGAGGCUUAACUGAUGGGAAAUGUGGAUUUUAGACAAGUUGGAUGUCCAGGCUGAAAGUGAGAAUUUGCACCAGUUAUGGAUAAACAAGUGGAUAAACCAGAAUAUAACUACAUCUGUCCCAAAGAAGUCAUGGGGACUAUGCAAUUCAAGUUUUAAAAUAACAGCAAGCUGGGCUGUGUUGCUGGUGUAGUAGAGAGAGGUAGUAAAUUGAUU